UCCUCAGGAUAUCAUUAGCCAAAGGAAAAGCUCUGCAUUCCCACCCAGUCCAGAAGUUGAAAUAGUACCAGAGGGCAAGAGCCAGCCUUUCUCUCCAGCUACAGGCUCCAUCUCCCAGCAGCAAGGGGAAACUGGAGAGUGAGCUCAGGCAACAGAGCCAGCGUCAGGCCAGAGCCCUGUGAUUCGGCCGGAAAGAGCCUGCGGAGUUCCAGCGGCCCAGCACGUAGCGCAGGAGCGCAGAGCCUUGUGCAUCCUGCGCUGCUGACCCUGCUACCCAGGCGCUGGUGCCACAGCCACAUGAAGCCUGCUGGGGAGGAGGGGCCAGGGUGCAGCAAGCCGGCGGGGACUGAGACUGCCGCUGUCUCAGCGAGGUGCUGACUCCCAAGGGGGACCCCCUUUCUUGUGCCCGGGGCGAAAAGUCUUCUCCAGGGGUCCCCUGUCAUCCUGAACAUACAGGAUGGUGUUCCUGAAGUUCCUCUGGAUGGGUUUCUUCUGCCACCUGUGUCAGGGCUACUUCGAUGGCCCUCUCUACCCAGAGAUGUCCAAUGGGACGCUGCACCACUACUUCGUGCCCGAUGGGGACUAUGAGGAGAACGAUGACCCGGAGAAGUGCCAGCUGCUCUUCAGGGUGAGUGACCACCGGCGUUGCUCCCAGGGGGAGGGGAGCCAGGCCAGCCGCCUGCUGAGCCUCACCCUGCGGGAACAGUUCACGGUGCUGGGCCGCCAGGUGGAGGACGCUGGGCGGGUCCUGGAGGGCAUCAGUAAGAGCAUCUCCUAUGACCUGGAUGGGGAAGAGAGCUACGGGAAGUACCUGCGCCGGGAGUCCCACCAGAUCGGGGAUGCCUACUCGAACUCGGACAAGUCCCUCACUGAGCUGGAAAGCAAGUUCAAGCAGGGCCAGGAACAGGACAGCCGGCAGGAGAGCAGGCUCAAUGAGGACUUCUUGGGGAUGCUGAUCCACACCAAGUCCCUGCUGAAGGAAACGCUCGCCAUCUCUGUGGGGCUCAGGGACAGAUAUGAGCUGCUGGCCCUCACCAUCAGGAGCCACGGGACCCGACUAGGUCGGCUGAAAAACGAUUAUCUUAAAGUGUAGGUGACUGGGCAGCCUUCCAGGAGAGGGUAUCAGAUCUACCCUGCUGUGGAGGGUGGGGAAAGGAAGACAGGGCUAACAUUUCCCUUAUACUUACUAUUUUUUAUACCCAGAUUUGCACUUGGAGAAUGAUCUGAAGUCACCUUUAAAAGGAAAGGAGUGGGAGUUGAGUGGUUUUGUUUUACAUUAUUUAUGUGCUUGUCAUUGAUUUGUCACCUGAAGAAAAGAACAGUUUCAAGCCCUGCCUCCCACCUUCCCUAGAGGCUUGAUAACUCUGCUGAGACACCUGUUUCAGCCACAUGUAAAAGGACACAAAUUCCGCAGUGUUCAGCUUUCCCAUCCUGAAGAUGUUGUGGAAAUACCCAGGAAGCAGUGUGCGUAGUUCCUUUCGGCUUCCAGCCUUCUCUCCUGGGCCCUGAAAGCUGUCAAAGCCGCCUGUGUUUGGGACGGGGGCUGAGGUGCUGCUCUGCAUCUGCACGCCUGCCGGCAGACGGAAGUUGCCUGUUUCUUCCUCUUCUUUACUCUCUUAUUUAUUACCAUGGUCUCUAAGGUUUUGUUUUUAGGAUUUUUCCUUUUUGGGGUAAAAGUAUUGGCUAGAAACUACAUGCAAAUCAUCCUUUGCAGGGAGAUGUCUGAAGUGCUUCUGUAGUUGUGUGUAAAUUCAAGUGACCACAUUUAAGUCUCAACUUUGCUGAUGGUUGUGCACUCAUGUCGAUAUGUUGAUUUGCUAUGUUUCACAUUGUAUGUCUGUGUCAUCAGUGCUACAUAUGGUCCAUUACGAAGAAGUAGAUUGAUUGUUUGAACGCACCCCCAAAUGCCUAUGAUUUAGGUUACCAAUGUAUUCUUUCUCAUUUGGGGGAGUUGUUUCUGUUUGUUUAUUGGAAACUUGUACUUCAGGUAGGGGGAAUUCUAAUAACUCCUUAACCAAGUUUUAUUAUUCAGACAAUAAAUAUGUUCUCGUGUAAGGCUGGCU